GGACUCACGUUGAUACCGUUCGUUGAGGGCGAGCGACAUGGAGCACGCCGAAAAUGAGGCCCUCAAUUCUCUCAUUGUCAUCCCACCCGACGACCAAACCCACUCAGAAGCGGUUCACGACAGCAUCGACGAUGUCAAACCUAGCCACUCCGACGACGAUACACAACUACAUCAUACCGACACAACUAACGGCGACCUAGACCUCAGCGAUUCCACUCAAGAUCCCGCAGUCAUUGCUCUCGAUGAAGAGCAUGAGUAUAAUCAAGGACACGAACAGAAUGAGAUGAAGCGCGUCAAGGUAUAUCAACUUGUAGGCUCUCGAUGGGUGGACCAUGGAACGGCAUUCUGUUAUGGUCAUUUCUCAAAUGACUCGCCGGACGGUACCUGUGAGGCUCUACUCACAGCGCGGUCAGAAAAAAAUUUCCAAGAAGUCAUCCUUACCACGACUAUAAGGUCAACGGAUGUGUACCAACGCCAGCAGGACACCCUCAUUGUAUGGACUGAGCCGGACGGCAUUGAUUAUGCUUUGAGCUUUCAGGAUAAAGAAGGAUGCGCUGAAGUAUGGAAUUUUAUAGUUGAUGUCCAACGUCAUAUGAACACGGGAGAGGAGCAAGGUUCUAUUAACCUUCCAUCGUCUUCACCAAUCCUAGGGUCAGAGUCCAAUUCCUCGAGUAUCACUUCAGAAAUCGUCCGAACGGGUCAUUUACCGACUCCCCGAAUGGGAAUUGUUACGGAUAUUGAGAGAGCGAUAAAGGCGCUUUCCAGGGCGCAGCAGGUCAAAGAACGGCUGUGCGAGUACAUUCUAUCAGAGGACUAUAUCAAACAAUUAAUUGACGUUUUCCACGUCGCUGAGGAAACGGAAAGCUUGGAGAACCUACAUGCCCUCUGCAGUCUCAUACAAACCAUACUGAUGCUCAACGACCACAGUAUGUAUGAGCAUAUUCUGGACGAUGACCUCUUCUUCGGAGUAGUUGGCAUCCUUGAAUAUGACGCAGAAUUUCCUCAACAUAAAGCGAACUACCGGGAUUUUCUCCAUCAAUCCUCCCAGUACCAUCAACCCAUCCGGAUUGCAGACCAAUCAAUACAGCGGAAGAUCCACCACACAUAUCGGCUACAAUUUCUGAAGGAUGUAGUUCUCGCCCGCGUAUUGGACGACUCAACCUUCAACGUGCUCAACUCGUGUAUCAUUUUCAACCAGAUAGAUAUCAUCACUCACAUCCAACAGGAUGUGACAUUUCUCCGUGAGGUAGUGAAGCUGUACGUGGAUGAAGACAUGCUUGGUGGUGGUGGUGUUGGCAAGAAAAGCCAACCACCGGUGAAGAAGGAGCCCGUAACUAUCUCGUUGAAUGGGAGUUUAGAAGCCGCAUCAGUGCUAGAAACUUCAGAGCCUACUACUUCAUCCCCACAUCCUCCAAAUGGAACCAUUCCCUAUAGUAAAUCCGACGCACCCGAUACAUCGUCAUCUACUUCCGCGACUCCCGGUAAAUCCCAAGCUUACGGCUACGCACCUCCAGAGCAGCUCAGCGAAGAGGAACUCGCCCAUCGACGGGAAGUGAUUCUCCUCAUUCAACACCUUUGUGUAAUGGGCAAAGGUGUUCAAUUACCUGCACGUAUGUCUCUCUUCCGGGCGUUAGUGGACCGUGGUGUCCUAUUUGCCGUCCAAUGGGCACUCUCGCUUUCCGAAAAGGAUCCGGUUUCCCGGCCAACAAUAUCAGCGGGAGGGGAAAUAUUGGGUACUUUAUUGGAUCAUGACCUCAAUGGAGUCAGAGGCCAUGUAUUGAAGCAAGUGGUCGCGAUCGAAAAGGAGAGGAAUGCUGGGAAGAAGGGGGCUGACAAGGCUGAGACGAUCGUGAAAAUGGUGUGCGGAAUCCUGACCAGAAGCACGGAUUUGGCCGUCCAGAGUCUGGUGGGGGAUGCUGUUAAGGUGUGGUUGGAUAUACCAAUCAAUGGUGAGAUUGGACCAGCCAAUACUGGCGAGACUGUCGUCUCGAGGCUGAACAUGAGGAAGGAUGAUCCCGGGACCGAACGAUUCAUGGAAUACUUCUACAAGGAUUGUGUAGAGGCUCUUUUCGCUCCGCUGCAUGAGCUUCCAAAAUGGAGGGACUUCAACGAGCCGAUUCUUCCAUUGACUCGAGAGCAAACGAACCGCUACGUGCUGCUUUGCGAACUGCUCUAUAACUUCACCCAUCAGCAUCAGUUUCGAAGUCAUUUUUAUAUACUUUCAACAGCGGUUGUGCUGAGAAUCGCGACGCUCUUCAAAUCUAAAGAUAAGCAUUUGCGACACGCUUCAUUCCGCUUUUUCCGACUUUUACUCAAGCAGAAUAACCCCAAUAUGCACACCCAAGUAAUGAAGUAUGAUAUCUUAAAGCCCAUACUCGAUCUGACAAUUCGGGAGUCGCGCCGGGAUAAUCUUCUAAGCUGCUCAUGUCAAGAGUACUUCGAUCACAUGCGCCGGGAGAACAUGAAGGAUUUGAUAAAAUUUUGCAUGACGAAGCACGAAGAAGAGAUCAAGGCAUUAGCUGCUUCCCCCCUCGGCGGCCAGCGGUUCGUAUCGUUCAUACAGCGAUGGGAGGUGAAUAAUGAACCUCCGCCACCAGAAGAAGUCAAACAAGAAAGCCCUGACCGCUCUUGGCCCACACAAAGCUGGACGCUCGAAACAGAAGAGGAUAGUUACUUCAAUGCAGACGAUGACGAUGACGACGGCGUCAUUCCAUCGAUCAGCCAGCAGAAUUGGUCUCGCGGUUCUGGGCCCUCACCUCCCCUCGCUGGCAUGCAUCCUGGUCACAAACGUAAACGACGUAUGGCGGUCGCCGGUGCUCCUAUCGGCAAUCAAGCUGUUCGAACUCCGAAUCACACGCCGAAUAACGCUCCGUUCCUUGGCUCGCUUGUUGACUAUGAUGAUGAUGAUGAAGACUCACCACUACCCCCGAAGGAAGUAUAUGCUCUCUCGUCAGGGGAACAGUCACCUUUCUUGAGUCCAAAGCUGGCUCAUAGACAGACAUAUUCACCCAAUCAACGACUAAAACCUCUUGAAGAAAAUGAAGAGGAUAAUUUAUUGGAGGCACUGGUCAACCGAGGUCGGCCUGAAUCACCUGCUCCUGGUAUGAUGGCAUCUAUGAGUGACUUGGGGCCGGUCCGCAAGAGGAGAAGAGGCGAGGACGAGGACGAGGACGGAUUGCUGGGACGUCUUUCAAAGACGAAGAAAGCCAACGUAGGGAAACAGAAGGAGGGCGGUGAGACUGGGGAUUUCGGUGGCGGUAGUGCGCGCGCCACGAUCAAGCGCAAUGAAGAACCAGCGCACAAAAAGUUCAAGCUUAAGCUCGGAACUCCGAAAUCUGUAGCGAGUUCGGCCAGUACUAUACCCACGCCUUCGGUAUCUGAUGCAAAGGAUGGCGAUACUGGAUGAUUAGUGUUUCAUUUCGUGUUUAAUAUCCUCCUUUAUUAUCUUAUCUGUGUUGUUUUUCCACCGAACUUUUAUUUGCUAUGCUCGCUCGUCAUAGUAUGUGUUACUCUACAUAUACAUGUUGUCAUUUUAGCUAUUUAGAUGAAACCGAGGUUUCCAUGUUGGACAUUGACC